UUUUUUUAAUUUGAUGAUUAUUGUUAUUGCAGUUAUAAAAAUGAAAGUAGCAGUGGUAGGGGCAGGGAUAAGUGGAUUGGUUUCUGCAUAUGAAUUAGCAAAAUCUGGGGUUAAAGUUGUAAUUUACGACAAGGAAAAUUAUAUCGGCGGCCAUGCUAAGACCGUUACCGUUAACGGCGUUGAUCUUGACCUUGGAUUUAUGGUCUUCAAUCGGGUAACUUAUCCAAACAUGAUGGAAUUUUUCGAGAGUCUUGGUGUCGAUAUGGAGAUCUCCGAUAUGUCAUUUUCAGUGAGCUUAGACAAAGGUCAUGGUUGCGAAUGGGGUAGCCGGAAUGGAAUCUCUGGUCUGUUUGCACAGAAAAAGAAUGUCUUGAAUCCAUAUUUCUGGCAAAUGAUCAGAGAAAUUAUCAGGUUCAAGCAGGAUGUCAUAAGUUACCUUGAGGAACUUGAUAACAAUCCUGAUAUUGAUCGUAACGAGACAUUAGGACAUUUUAUUCAAUCACAUGGAUAUUCUGAAUUAUUUCAGAAAGCUUAUCUGGUUCCAAUAUGUGCUUCUAUAUGGUCCUGCCCCUCAGAUGGAGUAAUGGGCUUUUCUGCUUACUCCAUCCUUUCAUUUUGUCGCAACCACCAUCUUCUUCAGCUCUUUGGUCGCCCUCAAUGGCUCACUGUUAGAUGGAGAUCACAUACAUAUGUAAACAAGGUUAAGGAUGAGUUGGAGAAGAGAGGAUGUCAAGUAAGGACUGGCUGUGAAGUAAAUUCUGUAUCUACGAAUGAAGAAGGUUGUACUGUAGCUUGCACCGAUGGUUCCAAAGACAUAUACGAUGGAUGCAUAAUGGCUGCACAUGCACCAGAUACUCUGAGGAUGUUAGGCAAAGAGGCAACAUAUGAUGAAACAAGAAUAUUGGGUGCUUUCCAAUAUGUUUACAGUGAUAUUUUCCUUCAUUGUGACAAAACUCUCCUGCCUCGCAACUCAGCAGCGUGGAGCUCAUGGAAUUUUCUUGGAACCAUGAACAGUAGAGUAUGCGUGACAUAUUGGCUCAAUAUACUCCAGAACCUUGGUGAGACAGAGAGGCCUUAUUGUGUAACUCUUAAUCCUCCUCACACACCAGAGCAUACGUUGCUUAAGUGGACCACCGGUCAUCCAGUACCCUCAGUUGCUGCAUCGAAAGCUUCAUAUGAGCUUUAUCAAAUCCAAGGCAAGAGAGGAAUAUGGUUUUGUGGAGCAUAUCAAGGCUAUGGCUUUCAUGAGGAUGGACUAAAGGCAGGUGCUAUUGCUGCACAAGGAUUACUUAAGAAAAACUUUAGUAUCCUGAAAAAUCCCAAACACAUGGUACCUACCUGGCCAGAAACAGGAGCACGCCUCCUCGUUACUAGAUUUCUCAAGAGUUUCAUCGCGACAGGAUGCUUAAUCCUGUUAGAAGAAGGAGGUACAAUGUUCACAUUUGAAGGAACAGAGAAGAAAAGCACUCUCAAAGUUUCUCUUAGAGUUCAUAGUCCACAAUUUUACUGGAAGGUUGCAACUCAAGGUGACUUAGGCCUUGCUGAUGCAUUUAUUCAUGGUGACUUCUCUUUUGUUGAUAAGAACGACGGUCUUCUUAAUCUUUUCAUGAUUUUUGUUAACAGCAGAGAUUUGAAAGCAUCUGUCACAAGGUCUAGUAAGAAAAGAGGAUGGUGGACACCACUUCUUUUUACAGCUGCAGUGUCAUCUGUAAAGUACUUCAUUCGACAUGUUUCAAAUCAGAACACCCUGACUCAGGCUCGUAGGAACAUCUCUCGUCACUAUGACCUGAGUAAUGAGCUCUUCUCUCUGUUUCUAGACGAGACAAUGACAUAUUCAUGUGCAAUAUUUAAGAGUGAAGAGGAAGACCUGAAAGUAGCACAGGAGAGGAAGAUUUCUCUUCUCAUCAAAAAGGCAAAGGUUAAGAAGGAACAUCACAUCUUAGAGAUCGGAUGUGGUUGGGGAAGUUUAGCUGUGGAAGUUGUUAAGCGAACAGGAUGUAAAUAUACUGGUAUAACUCUCUCCGAGCAGCAACUGAAGUAUGCAAAGUUAAGAGUUCAGCAAGCAGGCCUUCAGGAUCAUAUAACAUUUCUCCUAUGUGACUAUCGUCAAUUGCCAAAUAUGUCUAGAUAUGACAGGAUUAUAUCAUGCGAGAUGUUAGAAGCUGUUGGUCAUGAGUUCAUGGAGGAAUUCUUUACCUGUUGUGAAUCUGCACUAGCAGAAGAUGGCCUUCUUGUUCUGCAGUUCAUUUCAAUACCAGAUGAGAGGUAUGACGAAUACAGACAGAGCUCAGACUUCAUAAAAGAGUAUAUAUUCCCCGGUGGAUGCGUACCUGCACUAAGUCGAGUAACAUCAGCCAUGUCUGCUGCAUCUAGACUAUGUGUCGAGCACCUAGAAGACAUAGGAAUCCAUUACUAUCAAACGCUGAGAUGCUGGCGGAAAAACUUCCUGGAAAAACAAAGCCAAAUUCAUGCUUUGGGAUUCGACGAUAAGUUCAUCAGGACAUGGGAGUACUACUUUGACUACUGUGCUGCUGGAUUCAAAACGUGCACGUUAGGAGAUUAUCAGAUUGUAUUCUCAAGGCCAGGCAAUGUUGCAGCAUUUGGUGAUCCUUACAAUGGUGUGCCUUGAGCUUAUUAGAGUUUAUUUUUUUUAUACGAUUGAUCGUAGGCUUGUUUUUAUAAAUUUUUUGAGUUCAUUGUUUUGUACCUAUUCUUGAUUUGUUGC